AUGUUUUAACGAGAAUAACGAAAUGCAACCAAUUCUAGCUAUAGAAAUUCUUCUAAUGCUUAUGUAAUGGCAAUGAAAGCUCUUUAAGAAAAAAUUAAGGUUAUGGAAACAUAAAGAUGCGAUAUAUAGUUGCCAAAUAAAACAAAAUCUAACGAUGAGGAAUAUUUGUUAUAGUAAAUAUCUGAGUUGAGAAAUUAGAAUGAAACGUUAUCCAUGUAAUUGUAGAGAUAACAAAGUGAAAAAGAAAAUAUUAAUAAUUACAUUUAUUAAAUUGAUUAAUUACAAUAAGAGAGAUUAGUUCAUUUAAAGGAAUAUUAAGAUAGAGUUACAGAUUUAAUAAAAAAGAUUGAAGAUGGAAAAAAGGAUAGGCAAGAUUAAUAAAAUUAAAUUGAGCAUUUGCAAAGAUAAUUAUAGGCAUAUAAAGCAAAUGAAAGAGGCAUACUGUAAAAGGUUGACUAAUAAAAAUAAGAAGAAAACUCAAAAUAGCUAGAAUAAAUCAUGGAAUUGAGAUAAAGAGUUGAAUCAGGGGAAUAAUAUGCUAAAAAAUUAGAAAAAAAAUAUGAAAAACUGUAAACUGAAAAACAUUAACUGGAAGCUGAUAUUUUAGAUUAUAAAGAGCGAUGUCCAAUAUUUAAGCUUUAAGAAUACGAAAAGCAAAUUUAGAUCUAUAGAUCAUAGCUUGAAGAAAAGGAAAGAGCAUAUUUACGUAUGAUGGAAGAUCUAUAAAUGUAGCGUUAAUAAACAGAAGAUUAAUUAACUAAAAGAAUUUAAGAAUUAUUAAAUAAAAGUAAUGAAUACUAGUCUACAAUACAUCAAUUAACUAUUGAGUUAAAGGAUAUUACUUUAAAAUAUCAGCAAUGUAAAUUGAGAUUAGAAUAUGAGGAGAAAAAUAAUUAAUAAAAUAAAAAAAGAUUAAGAAAUAUUUCUUAAUCAGAAGACCCUGAAUUUGAUAUGCUUAUCAAUAAUUAAUAUUAAAGCAAUAACUAAUAACAAAAUAAUAAUAAAGUCUCGAAAUUGAACUUAGAUUUUUUAUCACCAUAAAUCACAAGUCCAAGAUUUGAGUAAAGUUUUGUAAAAUCAAGUGUUUUAAAAUAAGCCAUAAAGGAUUGCUUAGAGGAUAUGAAAUAAACUACUCCAUUCAAAUCUGAUUAACAGUAUGUCAAUCAAUAAGAAUAACAUCAUCCAUAAUAACAAUCUAAAAAAAAAUUAUUAUCUCCUCCCUUAACCGUUCGUAAUAAUGAAAUAGAAAGUAAACUUAAGUAACUGAAUGACAAAUAUGAGUAACUAAUUAGAUAAGCUUAAAAAGAGUCGGAUUUUAAAUAAAAAGCUUAAAUAAGAAAGGAACUAUUAGAUAUUGCUGAGUAGAUAAAAGAAGUAAACAGGAAAUAAUGAG